CCCUGACUCAAUUCGCUUGGAGUGACAAGGCUUCAGAAUCUUUAGGACAUUAUAGUCGCGAAACCAUGCUUAGUGCCGAUUCGCUAGAGGGACGUCUGCUUUUCGCCAUACCGAAGAAAGGGAGGCUUCACGACAAGUGUCUCAAUCUCCUUUCCGGCGCCGAUGUCCAAUUCCGCAGACACAAUCGAUUAGAUGUCGCUCUGGUUCUCAAUCACCCAAUCGCCCUUGUCUUCCUUCCAGCAGCUGACAUCCCCUCCUUUGUUGGAAAGGGUAAUGUCGAUCUCGGAAUUACUGGGCACGACGUUGUUCUUGAAUCCGAGAUGGAGCCCUUCGUAACAGAGGUUCUACGACUUGGCUUUGGCAGAUGCUCACUUCAAGUCCAAGUCCCCGAAACCUCAUCAUACAAAACGCCGUCCGAUCUCGCUGGGAAACGAGUGGUUACUAGCUUCAAAACGCUCGCUGGCCGGUAUUUCGCCAACAUCGACAAGGAACUGGGCCUGCAAGAAGGUAAAGGCACACAGAUCGAGUACGUUGGAGGAAGUGUAGAGGCAGCUUGCUCCCUCGGCUUGGCCGAUGGCGUCGUUGACCUUGUCGAAUCUGGAGAGACGAUGCGUGCAGCAGGUCUCCACGCAAUCGGAACUGUUCUGGAGACAGAAGCUGUGCUCAUCCAGUCCAGGACUCAGAAGAAGCCCGAAUUCGCACCCGCAAUCGAAAUGCUCACCAAACGUAUUGCCGGUGUCAUUGCCGCUGGCAGAUACGUAGUGAUGCACUACAACAUUUCCAGGGAUAAACUGGAAGGAGCCACCGCGGUCACACCAGGGAGAAAGGCGCCCACAGUCAGUCCAUUGGAGAAGGACAACUGGGUGGCGAUCAGCGUCAUGGUGGAAAAGAAGAAGUCGGCGCAGGUGAUGGACGAUCUUGGAAAGAUAGGUGCAGAGGACAUCAUGGUGUUCAACCUUGACAAUUGCAGGGUGUAAAGGAGAAGAAGGGAACUGUAGAGCAGAUGCGCAAGCCAAUACUCGUGUAUGUACUAUUUUAUCGACGAACUUCUG